ACGUAGUGAUCGUAAAAUCUAUUUGACUCCAAUUUAUGUAAACACAGAGAGAAUCUUUUCAAAAGACUUAAGCCGGGCAGACACAAAUGACAUAAAAUGGACGGGUAUUUUGAGUAAUUUCGUUUUGUACGUAUAGUCAAUGUCUGAAGCAAUCUUUUCUUCACUUAAAUUUAAUGGGUAAAACUAAACAGCGAAGUGAACGCUUCGUCGCAUGAAAUGAGUAUUUUUAUGGAAAGACAAAGCAGCUCACGUCCAUAUACAGUGGGUAGUUUUGGUCGUAAAUUGAAGUUAUUUCAGACUUAUAUAGAAGAGUUUACUCACGUGGACGAAGAACUAAAUCCUGAAGAACGAAGAAUAGAACUUCAGGAACGAUUGACAAAUGGUUACGAACCAUUCUCUGCUGAAAUAAACAAACUCUUUGGUUCAGAUGUCAGUAGUCAUGACGUGAAGGCGUUGUUUAGAAAGAUUGCGGCAAAUCCCGAAGCAGAGGUGGAUUGGAGCGAAUUGUUUGGAAUUGGAAACACUAGUCUAGAGCAAACAGAACAGCUGUUAUCCGAUGAAGGAUAUUCAAUCUUUACCGUUUCAAAGCGAACUUAUCUCGGAGACGCGGGAGGUGAUAUGAAACGUCGAGAUUUUCUGCGCAAUAUAAAACAUGUGCCGAAGCUGGAUAUAUUUCUGAGUUCGUCCGAAAAAGGCGUUGUUUGUCAAUGGAACAGUAAGUUUCGUUUGCAAGGAUGCAUCGAUAUAAACGAAACAUCUUGGAUCACUGGCAGUGAUUAUUGCCCAGGCUUGAGAAAAAUCAUUAUUUCUUGUGAACGCUCUCUGUGUGUUUGGGACUACAGGGCAAAACAAAAGCAUUCUAAUGUUGUACAAAUCAAACCACUUGAACAAACAAUCCACUGUAUGACAUAUGUUCCGUGGAAACUGGAUAGAUUACCAGAUGAUUGUAUCUUGUAUGGUGAUGAACAUGGUUGCAUAAACAUAUUACGACUUUCAUCGAAAGAUCUGCACAUGAAGAACACACAUAAUGACUCACAGAAAAUGGUCAUCGACCCAGUUAAACUUAGCAAUGAAAUUUUGCGAAGAAAAGUGCACAAUGAUUGGGUUGUUAAGGUAAAAUAUCUUCCUCAACUCGAAUUGUUUGGUUCAUGUUCACCAUGUUCUGUAACGUCGUUUGUUCUCGGUGAUUUGGAUAAACUUCUUGGUCAACAACCUUUGCGCGAGUUGUCAGUACCGAAAGGUGUGAAUUGUUUUGGUUAUUGCGCUAGAGCAAAUGUUAUUGCAACCGCAGGAGCUGAUAAAAUUAUUCGUAUGUGGCAUCCUUUAAUCUUGACUAGACCUACAGGCAAAUUAAUAGGACAUCUGUUUACGAUAUCAGAACUUGCAGUUAACGAAAAUGAUCAGCACUUGAUUAGCUUGUCCACAGCUAGGGUGUUCAGGGUGUGGGAUGUCCAGACGCUCUCGUGCCUUCAGGUUUUUACAAGUUGUGAUGUUAGUCCAAGUGAAAAGAGGAUCGAUGCGAUGAUUUAUGAUCCCAAGAGAGACAGACUGAUAACAGGAUGCAGUACAAUCGAGACGUGGCCGCUGACACGUGCGAUUCAGGACUCUCUCCAGCUGCCUCACACGCAUGAUAGAUCAGUAUCACUUGUUGCUUACAAUAGUCAAAUGAAGCAAGUUGUGAGCAUUUGUCAAGAACCUGUUGUCAAGGUGUGGGAGAUGGAAACAGGACAACUUGUUUAUCAAAUACACGAACCACAUGGAACGGGUCAGGAGGUAACGGCCAUAAACGUGAACACGAGUGGCUACCGGCUAGUUACGGCUUACAAUGGUACAAUCCGGAUAUGGGAUUUUGGUAGUGGACAACUUCACAAGUCUUUCGAACCCAAGUCAAUUGGAGACUCGGAAGUAGAAAAUCCUACCAUAACAGGAAUUGUCUACAUCAACUGGACUGGUAAACAGUGUUUGUUUGUAUCAAGUUGGGGACACAACAUUCGAGUGUUUGAGGAUAACGUGAACAAAGCAUCGUUGGAACAACUUUCAAUCUUACCUGACGAAUAUAUUUAUUCAAUGAAACACGAAGUAUUUCCUACUAAACGCCCACUGCCACCGAUUGGCGAAACUUUGACUAACAAUGACAACGAAUCUGAGAUGAUCGUCAACGUACUUUCAACAUGUCAAGUCACGUGUCUGGAUUUUAUGCCACCGCAACUGCUUGUUGCCAGCACAACCAACGGGCUCCUCAUUUUAUGGGAUAUCGAGGACAUGAAGGUGAUACGAAGAUUCGAUCGAGGUGAGUCCAAUGCCGAAAAUAACAGACGUCUCUCAAGACACACUGAAGAUUUCCAAAACAAACUUGUGCACGCAUGUCAGUUCGUUGUCGGUGAAACACCAAUGUCACACGACAUGACCAGCAUACCUGAAGAUGUUAUUAAAUAUGUGGAGCCAUCAUCAAGUAUCGAGGAACGUCACGAUGAUGACGUCAUGAAAUACGAAAGUGAAGCAAUAAAAAACGAUGAGUGCAAUGAAGAAAAAACUGGAGAAAUGACGAACGUUACCGAAAGUAAAAUUUUAAGAAAUGGAGACACUUUUGUGACUCAUGAUGAUGACGUCAUUAAUAAUAAAAGUGAAACGACAACUCACAAAUGUAAAGAAGAAGAAAAAAUUGUUUUAAAUGGUCAAGUGAUGAAUGUAACUGAGAGUAGUGAUAAAAGAAGUGGACUUGAAUUAAUGAGUCUUGACGAUAAGAAGAAUAAUGGGAAACAAUUUGAACGAAAUUUAACUCACAUUGGAAUCAUUUCUAUACAUCAAGACGGUUUUAUACGAUUUUGGAGUAGUAAGGGUGAACUCUUUAAUGAAGUAAGAAUGACGAUAAACCAGCGAUCGUCGCCGGUGACCGCAUUAUCGUGUCUUCGUUAUUCCAACUUGCUCAUCACUUCUGAUACCAGAGGUUACGUGAUGAAGUGGGAUAUUGAAAACUUCAUUAAUUACUUAAAUCGAGGGGAGAAUGCCACGAUAAAUAUAGAAGAAAGAAACGUUGAUCAAAUAUUAUACUGGAGGGCACAUAUGAAUAAGAUAGUUGCUCUGGAACAGAUCAAAGAUAAUAAUGUACUUAUAUCUGCAUCAACUGAUGCAUCAGUCAGAAUAUGGCAUUUACACACAGGACAUUUUAUUGGUUUUUUUGGACAACCACGACGGUGGCAAGUCCCAACAACAACAGCCAUUCCAUCGACUCCAUUACGACCUUAUGACAUAUCGGAGGUACCAAAAAAACUGCUACGAAAGACAAAGCAAGUAAAAAAUAAACCAAAAUCGAACAGAACUGUGGAAUGUCCGCUAGCAUUUGAUGAUCAGAGAUGGCGGCCUUUUAGGUAUUCUGCAAGAGAAGAAACGCGAAGCACUACUGACAACAAGAAAUUUUUUCAUUCUCUCACAAAACCAAGGCAUUACAAUUUCCAUCUGGAUAGCAGUCAAUCGGGAUUAAGCGACCCUGCGGCUGUCUUUCGAUCUCUACCAGUGUACAAAAUUGAGGAACCUGAAAGAUUAAAAACGCCUGCAGUAAAUAGUUCAUCUUGGUUGACUAACCCCAUUACAGGAACGGCUUACGCUGCAAAUAAACCAUUGGGCAGAAUGAACAGCGAACUUCCUCAGAAUGCAGAGAAUUUGAUUUGUCGUUUUCCUCAUGCUGUUCAUCAUAAUAGUUAGGGAAGAGCACAUAUUUAUUUAUAAAAAAUGUCAUCCAGACAAUCGUAAUCAUCUCCAUAGCAAUUUUCAAAUCAUCAUACAGCAAAAAUGCUUUCAUCAUGUAUUUUUCUACACAUUGCAACAAUUAAUUCAGUUCAAUAAAAUAUGAAUAAUAAAAAUUCGUUAAAUUAUCAA